GUUAACAUUAACGCGAACCGGCUGUUUUCAAGUUCAAUAACACCAAUUUAAUAUUGUAAAUAAAUAAACUUGAACUAAGCCGAUCAUAAUAAUAAUAUGCGGAUGAUAAAAUUUUCAAUGACAUUCGCGCCUAACACAAUUCGCCAUUCAGUUUGAUAGCGCGACAGGCUGAACGCGCACGGCCGUUGCUUGCGCUUAAAAACUCCGUCCCGCCAUUUUUUGUUAUCUGUCAAAAUAUUGACGAAAACCUUUUUAUCAUAAUAUAUUUGUCGUGUUUUGUUAAAAUUGUGAAUUAAAAGUGUUAUUGUGGUGUGUUAAUAGAAAUUGGGUGUUUGCCAAUAAUCAUUCUACAUAUACUCGUCUAUAUUCUAAAAUGAACAAAACAAACUACAACCACAAUGGAUAAGCUACUGAAAACAGCCAAACCCUGGAAGACAGCCAGAAGCAAUGAGGACUUAUCUAGAAGUCAAUACUCAUUGGUAUCCACUGAUCUGACUGAGGAAGCUGUUCAGGUGUGGCUCGGGCUACCUGAUCAAGUGAAAUAUGAUCCGUCAUUGGAGAAGUUUAGGCUGCGAUAUGAGAAGGAGCAGGGGGAGAUUGAUAAUUUUCAAGAGAAUCCAAAAAACGGUUCCUCAGCUACAAAGAGACUGCCAGACGUAAAUUCUGCCACAUAUAUUGGUGAUAAGGAUGAUCUUACUAUAAUCAAUGGAGCAAGGAAUGGCGCAGAAGAAAAACAGGAAUACAGACCUGAUGAUGUCCGUAUACCGAAUAAGAAGUCAAAGGUGGCACAAGCAAGACAAACAGUCAAACUCACAAUUCUAGUAGGAGUCUGGAUAUUCUUUACAAUAGUAUUCUUAAUGUACAAUGAGAAAGAAGAAAUAACACGACACUCAACAGUAGCACCGGGAGAAAUUAAAAACUUUAUACUUCUAAAUAGUGGACAUAAGCUCUCGAUUCUACUGAAGUUAACCGGACCGUUCUUAUCAGAACCAUAUGAAAAGAAAUUGAAAGAGAAUGAGAAAGAGAAUAUGACCAAAAUGGUGGUUUGGAUUGAAACUUGGAUUGAUAAUAAUGGGGAAAAGAAGGCUUUACCGUCGUCACCACAAUGGACCAUCUACCUCGAAGACCAGACCCAAGACUUCCACCUCACAGAAACUCGUUCAGCAGUCCUCCACCUCGAGACCACAGUCUCCAGACUCCUGGCUGUGAGGAUCCAGUCGACGGCAUCCAUAACUACGCCCUUCACCAUGAGUUAUACCUUGGAUCCGCUAGAUGGCGCCACUGGGAUUAUAUAUGCGUGUAUCUUGUUAUGUGCCUUGUAUGCGUUGAUAGUUUUUGAGGUUAUAAAUAGGACGAUGGCCGCUCUUCUGCUAUCCACCACAUCCAUAGCAGUUCUCUCCCUGGUGGGUGAGCGACCCUCGCUCCCGGAGCUGGUCUCCUGGCUGGACGUGGAGACCCUGCUGCUGCUGUUCAGCAUGAUGGUGCUGGUCGCCAUCCUGGCUGAAACUGGAGUCUUUGAUUAUUUUGCUGUGCUUACUUUUCAGCUGGCAAGAGGGAAAAUAUGGCCGUUAAUAACCCUCCUCUGCGUGAUCACAGCUAUUGUGUCACUCCUACUGGAUAACGUGACAACUGUGCUACUGAUGACACCAGUUACUAUAAGGCUAUGUGAGGUGAUGGGUUUGAAUCCGGUCCCAGUAUUGAUAUCCAUGGUGCUGUUUUGUAAUUUGGGUGGUACUGCGACGCCAGUGGGAGACCCACCAAAUGUAAUUAUAGCGAGUAAUAAGCAGGUUGUGCAAGCUGGAAUUAACUUCACGAACUUCACAUUCCACAUGACGUUUGGCAUCAUACUCGUGGCUAUACAAACAUACAUACAGAUUCGAUUUAUAUUCAGAGAUACUAACACACUUCGGCUGAACGAAUCUAAGGAUAUACAAGAUCUUCGCAACGAGAUAUCAGUUUGGCGUCGUGCCGCAGAUUCCCUACCUCACCUCAGCAACGAUCAGAGUAUAGUUAAAGAGAGGAUUGAGCGUAAGGCCAACAGGCUUGCAGCCAAGUUGGAAGUUUUAGUCAAAGAGGCCAAGACAAGGGCCUGUCCCAAAGCGUGCUAUGAGAGUACGUUGGCUGAUAUGAGGCAAAAGUACAAAAUAAAAGACAAAUGGCUGUUAGUGAAAUGUUCGGUGACCAUAGCUUUCGUUGUCAUAGCAUUCUUUCUGCACUCAUUACCACAAUUCAACCGAGUUUCCCUAGGCUGGACUGCUCUGCUAGGAUCCCUACUGCUUCUAACUCUAGCAGACCGUGAAGACCUGGAACCGAUUCUGCACAGGAUAGAGUGGUCUACUCUGCUGUUCUUUGCUGCUCUCUUUGUGUUGAUGGAGGCAUUAGCUAAACUAGGUCUGAUCGGGUAUAUUGGUGGUUGGACGGAAGCUUUGAUCCUACGAGUCGAUGAGAGCGACAGGUUGGCUGUGGCGCUGGUACUCAUGAUAUGGGUAUCAGGUAUAACCUCAGCCUUCGUUGACAACGUCCCCCUGACGACGAUGAUGGUCCGCGUGGUGACGUCACUGGGCUCCCAUCCAACUCUCAACCUGCCGAUGGCGCCGCUCAUCUGGGCGCUCUCAUAUGGAGUCUGUUUGGGAGGUAACGGCACAUUAAUAGGCGCAAGUUCAAAUGUCGUCUGCGUAGGGAUAGCAGAAAACCACGGAUAUAGAAUAAGCUUCAUGCAGUUCUUCAAAAUAGGCUUUCCUGUAAUGAUAGGCCAUUUAGUCAUAGCAACUGCCUAUUUAUUAGUCUGUCAUUGCGUUUUCACUUGGCAUUAGGAAUAACAGGAAUGGGAAUGAAUACUUGGUUUAUAAAGUAAAAAUCUAUUUUUCUCCCUCAGUUAGAUAAUUUAAAAAUAUUAAACACGGCUUUUUUAAACAUUUGUGCCGGGAUUCGAACUCACGACCUUUGGCUUGGCAGUCAAUAGGUUAUACCAUUCGACUAUCACUGUUAAUUGAAAGUGAUAAUUAAGUACAAUGCUUAGUUUUAUUAUAAGUUAAAUAUAACAUCUUUUUUUAUAUGAAACUAAGUUU